UGUAAUAUGAUUACUAGGAACAAAGCAAUGAUGCGCCGUCGACAAAAAGCCGUAGUUUAUUGGAUUGGCUUUGCAUUAUUUUUUGCUACAAUUGGCCUAAGUUUAUGCGCCUCCAACGAUCCUUACACAAUCCUAGGUGUACAUAAACGAGCAUCAAUGCAGGAUAUUCGCCGUGCUUAUAAACAAUUGGCCAAGGAAUGGCACCCUGAUAAAUCUAAACAUCCCGAAGCAGAAACCAAAUUUGUAGAAAUCAAGCAAGCCUACGAAUUAUUAUCUGAUACCGACCGCAGACGAGCUUACGAUCAGUACGGAAUAACAAAUGAAGAUGCAGUACUGGAUCGAAAUCGUCCUGAUUAUAGCAAUUAUGGUCGUUUUCAAGAUCCAUUCGAACAUUUUUACGGUGCACAUAAUUUUAACUUCCAUGAUCAAGAUAUAGGCUUGUAUCACCGUCUUUCCAUCACAACAAAAUAUUAUGAAACGAAUAUUAUACCGAAAAGUCGCUUAACUCCACAAAUAUUAAUGUUUUACGCUGACUGGUGCUUUGCAUGCAUGAAAGCAGCCAAUUCUUUCAAAAAAUUGAUUGAUACCCUUGAGCCGUAUGGCGUAGUUUUUGCCACUGUUAAUGCUGGUCAUGAAGAACAACUUGUGCGAAAAGUAGGAGUACACUCAUUACCUUGUGUGAUUAUGGUAUUAGAUGGUCAUAAUUACGUGUACAAAGACAGUGUUUUUAAUGCACAGCACGUUGUAGAUUUUAUACGACAAAAACUGCCAUAUAAACUUCUGACGCCAAUAACAGACAAUACACUUGAUACGUUUUUGGGAGGAUGGGCUGAUAAUCGUGUUCGUGCACUCAUUCUAGAACCAAGAGCUCAACCACGAUUGCGUUAUCUAAUAAUUGCUUACUAUUUUCGUGAACGUGUUGCAUUUGGUUUCGUUGAACUAAACUCCAAGGAUACUAUGAACAUUCAAGCAAGAUUUAAAGCUCAUUCCAACCUUGAUACCUUGCUGAUAUUCAAUGAAUUUCCACCUCAACCGAUCGCUACAGUUACCAUGUCGGAUAUACCUACAACUACUUUGAAUAAUAUUAUAGCGCACAACAAGUUUCUCAUUCUUCCACGUUUGUCAUCACAAGACAUGCUGGAUAGUGUUUGUCCUGCUGAAUGGAACCGACCUAGGAAGAGAUUAUGCGUCGUAUUGGUCACUGAAAAUACUAGCUUGCAUGAUGGGGCUCGUACAGUAAUGCGUAAAAUUGCGCUUGAAAGCCUUUUCAAUCGAGAAAGAGUUCGUUUUGCUUAUAUAUACCAAGAAAAACAAAAUGAUUUUAUUUGCGCGCUAUCAAAGCACAAUCAAUCUAAAGACACUCUCCUGCAAAUUGUCAUCUUCUGGCGUCGAGAUACAAAGCAAAUUCGUUAUGAGUGGGUUCAUGAAGUUAUUCUGGAAGUUGAUAAAGCUCUAGAAAAUAAUACACAGGAUCAAUAUUUCAAUUACACCAAACAAAAAAUGGAUACUGUAAUCCAUCGAUUGCUACGCUCCUCGGAAUCACUUAGCUAUGAAACGGAAGUGAAGGCCCUCUUAGAUGAGCAUGCUGAAAAUGCAGUAAUGCGAAUUUUAAAUCGUAUAUUCUUGGCAAUAGAAUAUACGGCUGACAAUUUAGGACAGGAGCAUAUUCUACCAGCGAUAUCCGUUAUAGGAACAAUAGCUUUUAUACUGAUUAUUGGCUAUUUAAUGUCCUAUCUACUUCAUUUGGAAGAGGAAGAUAUUCAACUAAAGAAAAGUAAAAACGCGGAGAAUUCUAAUGGAAAAUCUUUGGGCUACGUGCCGGAGCUGAGAUUACAUGAACUACGUGCUGAAAAAUAUAACGGGUUGGUUCGUCUUCUUAAACCCGGAUGCCGUACGAUAGUAUUACUUACUGAUUUACAAUCAAGAUCGAAAUUAAUUCCUUCAUUUCAUAAAGCAGUGUGGCCGUAUCGGAAGAACAAAACAUUGAUGUUUGCCCACAUGUUAAUUGAAAAAGGUAUUGGAUGGUAUGCAGAGUUAUUACGGUUAUCAUUGUCCGAAUCGCGUGAAAUGAAGAUCAACCCUCGAAACUGCAUCGGCACAGUCAUAGCUUUAAAUGGGCAUCGAAAAUAUUUUUGUAUGUAUCAUGCUAAGCAUCCAGAAUCGAACCGUGGAGCCAAGCGCAUGAUAAAAAUAACACGUCAUCUUAGUUCCAUGCCAACUGAUCCUGAAGCAGGAGCAUUCCUUGGUAUGGACAGCUCUGAUUCAGAAACAUCUAUGUCAGACACGUACGAACCAAAGAUUCUCCUCGAAGAAAAUCUUCUUGACGGUUUACCAAACUGGCUUGAUCGCUUGUUUGAGGGGACUACGCAUCGAUAUUACAUCAACUAUUGGCCAGAUUUUACUUCAAAAUGA